GAAACAGCGACGGAGGGCGGGAGAAAGGUACACUUAAGAAGGAAGCACCAGUUCCUCGUCCCCGUACUCAAAUGACCAUACUCCGUAAUGCCAUGUUCAUCUAUUCUGCGAGCUUGCUAAUCCCGACCAACAAUUUUUCUUUGCGGCCGUGUUGACCCUUGGGCCUCCGUCCCUUGACGCAGCGCAAGCAAGACGAAUCGGUUGCCGGUGAGCUUGAUAAUGCAGAUCACCAAUUGCCUCAGACGUCACUGGAGGCUCAAACUGAGAAAACCGUCCUCCGAGGCCGUACGAUUGGACUUCAAACAAGCCUCAGAGCCGCACGGAAAGUUUCUGGCGAGAAACAUCCGCCAGCCAUACCGAUGCGAAGCACAGGUGUCUGAUAAAUCUUCAUAUGUUGUCUCUUGUUCCUGGACUUUUCUCGUUUAUGCGAAGUUCUCUUUCGAUGUGAUUAAUCAAGACGACCAUCCACGCACAGAUGAUCUUCAGCCUCACAACGUCAGAGCCCCACCUGUAUGCGGCAGAACCAGCACGGAGUCACGAACAAAUUGUUAUGACGGAAGCGGGUUCGUGACCGCGGUUGGUGCUAAAGUAGAACUCCUUUUCCCAACCUCUUAACGUCUCGUCAUACUCGUGUAUCCCCACACACUCUUCAGAGAUUUAUUCAGAUCAACCCCCAGAUCGCGAUUACGGCUCGGCGGUACUUUUCUGUGUGCCUCAGGUCCUACAUGAUAUGACAUGACUAGUGAGACAACUAGGUAAGCAACCGAUUCUUUGCAGUUCCUACCGCAA